AUGCCAAGCUGCAUCAGGACGGCCAUAGCCAGAGCAGAACAAACUUACGCUACGGCGAGCUCAGAUCCAAGUACGUCGUCGGGAAGCGAGUACCAAGUGUUCCUAAGCUUCAGAGGACCCGACACUCGCGUCGGAUUCACCGACUUCCUCUUCCACAGCUUGACCGAUGCUGGAAUAUGCGUCUUUCGAGAUGAUGAAGAGCUCCAUGUUGGUGAAAGGAUCGAUGGAUCGCUCCAGCGAGCGAUCGACAACUCCAAGAUCUACAUACCCGUCUUCUCUCGGACAUAUGCUUCGAGCCAAUGGUGCCUUCGUGAGCUCGCGCAGAUCAUGGCAAAUACUUCCAAAUCGGAAGGUAAAAAAGAGAUCCUACCCAUUUUCUUCGACGUGGAACCUAACGAUGUUAAGCUGAAAACCCCUUUGUAUCGCGAUGCCAUACUCAAUUUGGAACGGGAGAAGAAGUUGAGCAAUGAGCAAGUAGAGGCAUGGAGAGAGGUUCUCAUGAAGGUUGAUGCUAUAAAGGGAUGGGAAGUGAAGAAGUACAAAGGCUACGGUGACGUGAUUAAAUUGAUCGUUGAGGAGGUCGUGCAAAAGAUGAAGACAAAACAUAGAUCCGUGACUGAACAUUUAGUUGGAAUUGAUGAUCGAGUUGCAGCACUAACCGAAUUGUUAGACGUCAGCUCCGACGGUGUGCGGCUCGUUGGAAUUCAUGGCAUGGGGGGUAUCGGUAAAACGACUCUUGCCAAAGUCGUAAGAAGCAUUGACGAAAUUGAUUAUGGAACAAAGAGGAUUGAAGAAGUACUUAGCAAUAAAAAAGUCCUCAUUGCACUCGAUGAUGUUGCUAACUUGGAGCAAGUAGAGAAAUUAGUUGGAAGGAGUACUUUGAAUUCAGGAUCUAGAAUAUUGAUUACAACUAGAAAUAAAGAUGUUCUGCGAAUCGAUAGACCAAACUAUCGAAUCUCAGAAUAUGAAAUGGAGGUGAUGAGUAGUGCUCAUGCGCUCGAGCUUCUCAGUAGGCAUGCAUUUAAUAGUGACUCCCCGUCAGAUGAUUACAAGGAUCUUUCAAGGAAAAUCGUAGCUGCGAUCGGGAGACUUCCAUUGGCUCUUGAAGUAAUUGGUUCGUUCCUCCGUGGUAAAGGGCAAGACAUAUGGAGAGAGACAUCGGAGAAGUUAAGCAACGCACCUCGCAAUGAUGUUUUUGAAAAGUUGAAGAUCAGCUAUGAUGCCUUAAGUUACCGGCAACAACAAAUUUUCCUCGAUAUUGCAUGCUUUUUCAUUGGUGAGCCUACGACAUAUGCAAUCUACAUGUGGAAAGAUUGUGAUUUUUUCCUAGAUGCUGGAGUUGGCGUCCUCAUUAGCAUGUCAUUGGUAAAGAUCGUGGAAAAUACGUUUUGGAUGCAUGAUCAACUCAGAGAUCUUGGAAGAGAAAUCAUUCAUCGUCAAAAUCCAAUAAAUCCUGAAGAGCGGAGUAGGAUAUGGAUUGACAAGGAGGUCCUCGAAGCAAUAAGAACAAAGGAGAUGAAGAAGAACGUCCAAGCAUUGACUCUUGACUUACGCAAAAGUGAUAAUAAGACAAUCACAAGUGAGGAGAUAGGAAGGUUUCAACAUCUACGGUACCUUAGAUUGAGUGGGGGAACCUUUCGCGGUAACUUAGCAAUGAGCCUUACCAAUAUGAGCUGGAUUUUUUGGAGUAGUCCUCCUCGUCGGUUGUUUUUCAAGCCAACCAAUAUGCGCUUAAAUAAUGUGGUAGUUCUUGAAUUUUCACGCAAUGCCUUCAUAGAUGAUUCGAAACUACAGAGCUUAACCAAGAGGGCAAGAAAAUUGAAAGUUCUUUCUCUUGAAUAUUGCCACAACAUAAAGAGAAUGCCGGACUUCUCCGGAUGCCCGAAUUUAGAGAGGCUUAAUUUCAAUGGAUGUUCCAAUUUAAGGAAACUUGAUGGCUCUAUUGGGAUGUUGAAGUCUUUGAUUCACCUAAAGAUUAGAGGUUGCCGUUCUCUUGAAUAUUUGCCCGAAGAAAUCGAGAACCUAGUGAAGCUGGAGCACUUCUCGGUCGAGGAGUGUCCAGUGAAGAAACUACCAGAUUCCAUAUGGAGGUUGAAAUCAUUAUGUGAGUUGCACUUUGACAACAGCUAUCCUAGAAUACGUUGGGCAAAUUCAUGGGAGAUACCUAGUGUACUAAUGCUUGAGAAACUAGAAGUGCUUCGAAUCUAUAGUCCCAAUUUGAAAGGUCGACUCCCUCGGGCGAUCGGAAAUUUUCCCUCUCUAAGAGUCCUACGGUUGUCGCGAACUCGCAUCGGUGAAGUUCCGGAGACAGUUAGUAUGCUUCCUCGCCUGCAAACGCUUGAGUUAAUAAAUUGUAAUGAGAUUCAAGAGCUGCCGAUGCUUCCCACAAGUUUAAGCAAUAUACAAGUGUCAUCUAAAUCAUUGCGGGUAGUCUCGUACAUCUCGAAUCCGACUAAUUUGGUUCCGUUGGACCUUGAUGAUGGCUCUCGUUGGAAAGAGGGAGGUAAAAUUUGCACUGGUGAUUUAGGGGGAAUGGGGAAGUUAUCCAAAUUGAACAAGUUGAAAUUGGAACUUCUCAAUGUCCCCGCUCCGACCGAGUUGGCUUCCCUUUCUCGGUUAAAGGAACUUUAUUUGUCUGGUUUGGAUCUGCGAACGCUCACGCAACUUCCAUCAUCUUUGCUAGAGUUACAGCUGGAUAAGUUCAAUUCAGCCGUGUCACUCUCAUCCAGAUUAGAGAACUUGUCAAGUUUAGAGCUCACAUCGUCUCAAGUGCAAGAAAUUCGACUCAGCGGGCUUCAACUUUGUAACUUAACACGGUUGAUUUUGGGAGGCGGUGAACCCCUCGAGAGACUUGAGCUAUCAAACUUGAGGAAGCUAAAAACCGUCGAGGUAUCAGCUUGCCCAAAGCUUGUUGAGAUCCAAUUUGUUGGGGCAUUUGAAUCAUUGGAGGAAUUAAGUAUCGAGAACUGCGAGUCCUUGGGAGGGUUAGGGUACGCGGGGUACGCGGGUGAAGCAGAGUCUGCUGGUGAGUUGACCAUGGAGGAAGGGAGACUAAUUCUUCCGUCGAGGGUAUUUUGUAAGUUGAGAAUGUUCGAGCUUGGUUGUUGCCCAAAGAUACUCCAAAUUCAAGUACUCGGUACAUCAGAAUUGUGGAAAGAAUUUUGGGUAACGGAUUGUCGUCUCUUGCACAGUGUUCGGGGUUUAUCAAACUUAAAGAAGCUUGAGCUGUUGGGCAUCCGCAGCUGCGAUGGUCUACCGGUUGUUGAGGGCCUUGACGAGUUAGAGGCUUUGAAGGUCUUGUACGUUGAUGACAGCCCAUCAUUGGAAAGGUGGAUUGAUGUAUCAAAUACCAAAUUGCCAAAUGAUUGCCGCAUCGAGAUCCCUCACAUUCCUCACCGUAGAUCUAAGACAUAUUUCGAAGGCACCGUCCAAUCUUACAAGCGUUAUAAGGAGUCACGCUCUCAUCGGACGUGUACGUGUUUUUAG